AGCGGCUUUUGCGAGCCGGGGGAGGGGAGCGGCGGUGGCGAGGGCUGCGGAGCCUCGCGCGGGCGGCUAGGGGCCUCUGAGCGCGGCGGGUGGCGACGCCCCGAGCGGUUGGCUCAGCAUGUCGGUCAGCGUCCAUGAGACCCGCAAGUCGCGGAGCAGCACGGGCUCCAUGAACAUCACGCUGUUCCACAAGGCCUCGCACCCCGACUGCGUGCUGGCGCACCUCAACACGCUGCGCAAGCACCGCAUGUUCACGGACGUCACGCUCUGGGCCGGCGACCGCGCCUUCCCCUGCCACCGCGCCGUGCUGGCCGCCUCCAGCCGCUACUUCGAGGCCAUGUUCAGCCACGGCCUGCGGGAGAGCCGCGACGACACGGUCAACUUCCAGGACAACCUGCACCCCGAGGUGCUGGAGCUGCUGCUGGACUUCGCCUACUCGUCCCGCAUCGUCAUCAACGAGGAGAACGCCGAGUCGCUGCUCGAGGCGGGCGACAUGCUGCAGUUCCACGACGUGCGCGACGCGGCCGCCGAGUUCCUGGAGAAGAACCUGUUCCCGUCCAACUGCCUGGGCAUGAUGCUGCUGUCGGACGCCCACCAGUGCCGGCGGCUCUACGAGUUCUCGUGGCGCAUGUGCCUUGUGCACUUCGAGGCCGUGCGGCAGAGCGAGGACUUCAACAGCCUGUCCAAGGACACCCUGCUGGACCUCAUCUCGAGUGACGAGCUGGAGGCGGAGGAUGAGCGCGUGGUCUUCGAGGCCGUCCUGCAGUGGGUCAGGCACGACCUGGAGCGGCGCAAGGCCCACCUGCCCGAGCUGCUGCGCAGCGUGCGGCUGGCCCUGCUGCCGUCCGACUGCCUGAAGGAGGCUGUGUCGGGCGAGGCCCUGCUCAUGGCCGACGAGCGCACGCGGCUCAUUGUGGACGAGGCGCUGCGCUGCAAGGCCCGCAUCCUAGAGAACGACGGCGUGGUCACCAGCCCCUGCGCCCGGCCGCGCAGGGCCGGGCACACGCUGCUCAUCCUCGGGGGCCAGACCUUCAUGUGUGACAAGAUCUACCAGGUGGACCACAAGGCCAAGGAGAUCAUCCCCAAGGCGGACCUGCCCAGCCCCCGCAAGGAGUUCAGCGCCUCGGCCAUCGGCUGCAAGGUCUACGUGACCGGGGGCCGGGGCUCCGAGAACGGGGUCUCCAAGGACGUGUGGGUGUACAACACCGUCCACGAGGAGUGGUCCAAGGCGGCGCCCAUGCUCAUCGCCCGCUUCGGCCACGGCUCGGCCGAGCUGGAGAACUGCCUCUACGUGGUCGGGGGGCACACGUCCCUGGCUGGCGUCUUCCCGGCCUCGCCGUCUGUCUCCCUGAAGCAGGUGGAGAAGUACGACCCCGGGGCUAACAAGUGGAUGAUGGUGGCCCCGCUGAGGGAUGGCGUCAGCAAUGCCGCGGUCGUGAGCGCCAAGCUGAAGCUCUUUGUCUUCGGGGGAACCAGCAUCCACCGGGACAUGGUGUCCAAAGUCCAGUGCUACGACCCCGCAGAAAACCGGUGGACGAUCAAGGCUGAGUGUCCCCAGCCUUGGCGGUACACCGCUGCCGCCGUCCUGGGCAGCCAGAUCUUCAUCAUGGGAGGCGACACGGAGUUCACAGCCGCCUCGGCCUACCGCUUCGACUGCGAGACCAACCAGUGGACGCGGAUCGGGGACAUGACUGCCAAGCGCAUGUCCUGCCACGCCCUGGCCUCGGGCAACAAGCUCUACGUGGUGGGGGGCUACUUCGGGACCCAGCGGUGUAAGACCCUGGACUGCUAUGACCCCACCUCGGACACGUGGAACUGCAUCACCACCGUGCCCUACUCACUCAUCCCCACGGCCUUCGUCAGCACCUGGAAGCACCUGCCCGCAUGAGGCGCACCUGUAGAGCCCAACCAGAUGCUGUGUGUUUCUCCCCACCCCACAGCUGCAGCCCUCACUGUUGCAUGGUGGCCCUGACCCUGUCUGCCAUGGCGGGAAGCUCAGCCCGGCCCCAGGCCAGUACUCCGAGCAGCCAGAAGCCGGCCCCACCAGCUCUGGGCGACUUCGGGGGCUGCUCUGAGCUUCAGAGAAGAAAAUCCGUCUCCAGCGCCCUGUGUGUCUGGCCGAGGCCUUUCCUGCUUUGCAGUGGUUUGCGGGGGAGAGGACCUUUCAAGGGGGGCGUGGACGGACGCCAGGACUCCCUCAGCUUCGGGGAGAAGGACACGUUUGCAGAGCUUUGAGGUCGCCUAUUUCAGCAAGUU